GGCGGUGGUCACGUUUCAAAACCGAAAAUGGCCACCAGGUGGCGCACCGGAAGGACUGAGGGACUGGCCCAGUGGCAGUUGUGCGCAAGCGCAGAGCUUUGGUCUUGUCGGUGUUGUGAUGGUGAUGGCGGUGUGAACGCGUCCUCUGUGUGUGUGUGUGUGUGUGUGUGUCUCUUGUGUUACAGGGUUGAUCCACAGCAGCUGUGUGUGUGUGUGUGUGUGUGUGUGUGUGUGUGUGUGUGUGUGUUGGAGUGACACACACAGGCAGUAUGAGGGAGUGUUUACCCCCUGCAGCACUGUUGUGUUUCUCACUAUAGCCUGAUAUUAGAGUGAGUUUGUGUAGUGCAGAUCUUCUCUGUGUGUGUGUGUGUGUGUGUGUGUGUGUGUGUGUGUGUGGGCGCAGCAUGUCGGUGUCGAGCAGUGACGCGUGUCUCAGCAUUGUGCACAGUCUGAUGUGCCACCGUCAGGGUGGUGAGAGCGAGAGCUUCAGUAAGAGAGCCAUCGAGAGUCUGGUGAAGAAACUGAAGGAGAAGAAAGAUGAACUCGACUCUCUGAUCACUGCAGUCACCACCAACGGAGCUCAUCCCAGCAAGUGUGUUACCAUACAGCGCACACUCGAUGGGAGACUGCAGGUUGCCGGCCGUAAGGGCUUUCCCCAUGUGAUCUACGCGCGGUUAUGGCGGUGGCCUGAUCUCCAUAAGAACGAGCUGAAACAUGUGAAAUACUGCCAGUAUGCCUUCGACCUGAAGUGUGACAGUGUGUGUGUAAACCCCUACCACUACGAGAGGGUCGCAUCACCUGGUAUUGACCUGUCUGGACUGAACCUCGGGGGAACCGGUCCGAGUGCAGGUCUAUUGGUUAAGGAGGAAUUUGACCCUCAGCCGUCUCACUCCAGCUCUGAUGGAGUACAAAGUAUUCAGACCAUCCAGCACCAGCCCACCCCGUCUCACCCAGCCCCACCCCCGCCCACACGCCCCCCACUGCCUGAGACCUUCAGUAGCCCCGCACUUAUGCCAACACCCGAGGCAGCAAGCUCCGCCCCCAGCCCUGCUUUCUCCAGCAUGGCUCCUACACCGGCUGCAGGCGGCGGCUCGUGGACAAGAGCCAGUGGUUUUUCAGCAACCCUGACCAACCCACCUGGAGCUUUGCAGCACCACCCACCUCAGUACUGGCCUGUACAUAAUGAACUGAUUUUCCAGCCACCGAUAUCUACACAUCCAGCUCCUGAUUACUGGUGUUCCAUAGCCUACUUUGAGAUGGACAUUCAGGUGGGUGAGACUUUUAAAGUGCCAUCCUCAUGUCCAGUGGUGACAGUAGAUGGUUAUGUGGAUCCAUCAGGAGGAGAUCGCUUCUGCCUCGGCCAGCUCAGUAACGUUCACCGCACCGAGGCCAUCGAGAGAGCGAGGCUCCACAUUGGUAAAGGGGUGCAGUUGGAGUGUAAAGGUGAGGGUGAUGUUUGGGUGCGAUGCCUUAGUGACCACGCUGUGUUUGUCCAGAGUUAUUAUCUGGAUCGAGAAGCCGGACGUGCACCAGGUGACGCUGUCCACAAAAUCUACCCCAGUGCUUACAUCAAGGUGUUUGAUCUGAGGCAGUGCCAUCGUCAGAUGCAGCAGCAGGCAGCUACAGCUCAGGCAGCAGCAGCAGCUCAGGCUGCAGCCGUCGCGGGAAACAUUCCAGGACCAGGAUCAGUGGGAGGAAUAGCACCAGCUAUCAGUUUGUCUGCAGCUGCAGGUAUUGGGGUUGAUGAUCUGCGGCGUCUGUGUAUCCUGCGUAUGAGUUUUGUGAAAGGUUGGGGUCCUGAUUAUCCUCGUCAGAGCAUCAAAGAAACACCAUGUUGGAUUGAGAUUCACCUACACAGAGCACUGCAGCUGCUGGACGAAGUUCUCCACACCAUGCCUAUUGCUGAUCCUCAACCACUCGACUGACCUCUGACCCCUGAGCGAUCCUCAACCAUCAACAACUUAAAUCAUCUAAAACCUCUAAGUGACCCCUAACCCACAGUGACCCCACCACACAACUCACCUCCAGUCUCCAGGGUGGUCUGUAUGAAUUCACACUUAGCACUCGUGCACGCACACACACGCACACACACGCACACACACACACACACACACACACACACACACACACACACACACACACACUGAGCUCCUCUUAUACACAUCACUGUGAGGAAAACUAACAGCACAGGAACCACAGGAACCUCAUCAGAAGCACUGAGGAUGCAGACGGUUCUCCUGAAACACUACCUGAACUCGGAGCAGCAGUUUUCCAAACCCUCACUGCAGCUUCUCUGUAAAUUCAUGCACAAAUGAUCAUAAGCUCGGAGGUGUGUGUUAAACCCGUGUUGAGCGCAGACGAGGCCACGGCGGCGUCACACUGAACACGUCUCCAUCAUCUGCAGUUACAUGUUUUGUAGCAUAAAAACAUUCUGGAGUCACAAUAAACAGCCUCCAGUGUU